AUUGAGCUCAAUUGAAAGCCUUCUUUGCUGAAAACCAACACAAGAAAACCCUAAUUCUUUCGCAUUUGAAGAGGAAAAAAUUCGAACAAACCAAAAAAUAAAAAAGCGGACAGCCACUUAGAGGAGGAGGAUAGGGACUUCUUCGUUUUUUUCCUCUCAACCACCGCCCCCUACAAUUUCCUUACCAUUCUCCCCGAUCUCAUCAUCGCCACCGACCGACCAACCUUCAUCACCGAUUACUUCACCUUCACCUCCUCUUGAUUUUUCUGUUUAUGGGAGGAAGAGAGAAACGAUAUCCUGCAAUUUGUCGGCAGUUUUCCGGUCUUCUCCCCCGGCGAUUUUCCAGCGAUUUGUUUGUAGAUCUGCUCGCGGCCAGGGAAGCGGAAGCGGGCUUUUCGGUUAUUUUUGAAGAGGGCUUCUUCGACGGGAUUUUUGGGGCUUGCCAGAGGUGAAAGAUAGUUUCUGGCGACUUUGCCGGCGAUUUUCGAUCAUCUUAGGUAAUUUCUAGCUCAUAGGAGCUUGAGAACGAGAUUUAGGUUGAUGAUCUAGGGACUAUCCCGCGGUUGGGGUGCCCUGGAUCUGAAACCAGAUCUGUUUUCUCAAUCUCUGCCCUUUUUGUGAAUCUGGUUAAUGUUCUGUAGGUUAAAUUCGUAAGAACUGAUAGUUGAUGAUGAAUAAGGAUUGUUUUUACAAGUGAUGUUAUGUUUUAUUGCUGUGUUUGGCUGUUGUCCUUGGCUGAAUUUGGUAGAUUGACAGAUUCCUUGUCAUUAAUUUUGCUGCGCUUUCCUUCUGAGGAAUGGAGUGAAUGCUAUGAACCCUAAAAAUCCAAAAAAAGAAAAAAGAAAAAAGAAAAAAGAAAGCAGUGUUUUCAAC